GUCAAAGUCAAAAAUAUUUGGAAUUCGUUUCGGUGUCGAUUUUUGCUUUGUUGUGAUUUUAUUCAAUCAACAAUACCUAGUUUUGUUUUCGUACUUGUAUUCGAGAAUUUACAGUUUCGCUAGCGAUAGUGGUAAUGGAUGAAUUUUAUCUAAUGUAAAGACAAUUCCAAGGUACCAGCAAAAAUGCUAGCUACAAAAAUUCAUAUUGCCUUGAGCGCAAUUGGUAUUGCUUUAGGAAUAUCUGCAUUUAUAUGUUUUUGCAUUGUUUAUGCUAAUAUUGAAGCUGGAAUGUGGGCGCUCAUGUCCGGUAUAAAUGCCGGUUUAUCCUUGCUGCUGCAUUGCCACUAUCUGAAGGAAUCACUUCAUGCCAACUUUUCACGGAGAGCUCUCCAUUACAUUGGAUCUAUUGGAGUUAUUGGAUUUGUAUCUGGCUUGGCGUUAUCAAUAUUCUAUGUGUUUCUAGAAAUUUAUUACAAUGCCGAUGUACUGCCUAUACAAACGAGCAUUGUGAUCAAGAUGGUCUGGUCUUUUAUGAUGACCAAGUGGGGAUUCUUGCUUUACUGGACCACAAGGAAGUACCUCAAGACUUAUAAUGACCAGCAACUCUUCUCUGAAAAUCCCAACAUUGAAGAUACAUAGUUUGUUUAUGGUAUGUUUUCUUUUCUGUUUUUUUAAAAAUAGAAUUAAAAGUUUAAUUGAUAUGAUUGCUCCUUCACUGAAUUACGAAUUUAUAUAUGCUUGUUUAACAUUAUUAUAAAAAUAAGUUUAGUAUUAUGGGUUUAUAUAUAAAUAUUGGUUUAUUAUAAUUAUGAUAGACAAAGAUCUCUUUACUUAAUUCUAGGUAAAUAUUCAUUUCCAUUUAACUUAUAUUUCUUUGCCAGUAACUUAUAAAGUUAUACAAGUAUAAUAAUAUAUUCUAUUUCAUGAUUAUUCUAAUGAUGUUUAUAUGAUUACGUAACGAGUCCUUUUUCUAAAGUUCAGGUCCCAACUACCCUGUUCACAUACAUGUAAAAAAAUUACAUUUAUUAUGGAAUUAUGCAUGGAUUUUUAUUAUCCUUAUAAUUUAGUCAAGUCGACAUGCCGAGAAGAAAAAAAUAUCUAUAUAUCUAUAUAUUAUUAUACUAUAUAUACUUAUCUAUAUAUUAUUAGUAUUUAGUUUAAAACCAGAAAAAAUGUUAAACCAUCAUUUGCAUAAUAAUGACUGAAUAGGUGUGCUUUGUUUAACUUUUGCUCUAAUAGUUUAUGUAGUGUAGUUUAGUGCUUUUGAAAUACGUAAGAAAAUAUAAAGUUAUUAGAUAGGUCAACAAAUUUUCUAAUAAACAACAAAUAGUAUAAAUACUGAACGUAUGCAACUGUAUAUGGUUGGUAUGAACUAAUUGUGAUGAUUAUGUCUAACAUAAAUUCUAUUAUUAUUUAAUCAUGUUAAUUAAAAACAAAAGUAAGUAUAUAAAUUUAUAUUUUAAUAAUAAUUUAAAAAUAAAAAUCUGGCAAAAAUACUAACCUCUCUGGCAAAAGUACGUGGGUUGUAUGGUAGGUACCUUCAUGAAGUUAAAGAUAAUAUUUAUGUAUAAAGGUAGUAACUACUGAUGUAAUGAAAAUAUUUUAUUAUAGUUAUUUUGUAAAAAUGUUUGUAAAAAUAAAGCUUGAUAGAUAAAUA